AUGGCCGCCAAGGUCUUACAGAACAACACCAACAGCAACUGGAUGAAAGAUCCAGGGCUGCGGAAACUCAAUCUAGGCAUCAGUUUUAUGCUGGCUGCGUCGGCUACUGCCGGAUAUUGUGCUAGCAUGAUCAAUGGACUUUUGGUGCUACCUGAAUUCGACAGAUUUCUAUCCGGCCUCAACACCAAUGUCAGAGGUCUGAUCAUCGCAGCUGUCUCACUUGGUUCCUUUCUAGCGUUUAUCCCCGCAUCUUAUAUCGCCGAUAAUCUAGGGCGUAAGAUUUGCAUUCUCAUCGGAUCAUCGCUAGUCAUCAUUGCGUCCAUUGUUCAGGUCUCGACACAGAACCACUGGGUUUUCUUCAGCGCUCGCGUUCUGGCUGGGGUGGGAGUUGGAGUUUCGCAAACAGCCGCGCCUGUGCUCAUUACGGAGUCUGCGCACCCACGCCAGCGCCAAGCAUUCACGGGUCUCUACAACGCCCUGUGGUUUAUUGGGUCCAUCACCUCGGCCACGAUUGGAUUUGCGGGACUUGCGGUCGUGGGCAAUUGGUCAUGGAAGCUUCCUUGUCUGAUGCAGGUGUUCUAUCCGGUUCUCCAGUUGAUCGGGCUGUGUGUGGUGCCCGAGAGUCCGAGAUGGCUGGUCUCUCGCGGGAGAAAAGAGGAGGGAAUGGCUUUGCUCGCCAAAUACCACGCCAACGGGGAUGAGAACGACGAAUUGGUCCAGGAUGAGUUCUACCAUAUCUGUAAGAGCAUCAAUGCGGAGUCGGAUUCGAGCGCUCGGCGGUGGAGUGCAUUCCUGGAAAGUCGGAGCAACAUGCAUCGUCUGGCAAUCUGUGUGAUUCUGGGGUUCAUGCAAGAGUGGUCUGGAAAUGGAGUCGUCUCUUAUUAUCUAGCCCCCAUUCUGGAAUCGGUGGGUAUUUACAACGCAGCUCACCAGGCUGCCAUCAACAUAAGCUUGCAGGUGUGGAACCUGAUGUUUGCCGUCGGCGGAGCCAUGGCCGCAGACCGGUACGGACGACGAAAACUUUGGCUCAUCGCGACCAUUCUGAUGCUGAUCUAUCUUUCCGCGGCGACAACCAUGUCGGGUCUCUUUGCGGAGCUCGGGGUCCUGGAGGCCGGCAUUGCCGUCGUGCCCAUGUUAUUCCUGUUCUGUGCCGCGUACGACAUGGCAUAUAUGCCCUUGUUCAUCGCGUAUCCGGCGGAGAUCCUGCCCUUCCAGCUGCGCGCCAAGGGCCUGGCCGUGACCCUGACCACCGACUCCAUGGCGUGUUUCUUCAACCAGUACAUAAACCCUGUGGCGUUCGCGGCCAUCCAGUGGAGAUACUUCACCGUCUACCUGGGCUGUCUUGUGAUUUUCUUCGUCACGAUCUACUUCCUGUUCCCGGAGACUAAAGGACUGUCUCUGGAGCAGGUAGGACGGAUCUUCGAGAAAGAGAAGACGUACCAGGUGGAGACCCCGACUUCGGAUGUCUCGCAAGAGAUGUUUGUGUACCCGAAAAAGAGCAGCACUUCCUCGUGA